GAAUGAUUGGAAGUGCCCAAGCUCCAUGGGAGUGGGGUCCACAACAAAGCAUGCACGCACCGACGACCUGGACGGCGGAGGAUUCGGCAUGUUCCGGUCACCAGCUAGACCUCAACUAAGCCAACGAGAUGGGCAGAUUUGAGAGAUUUUAUCGGCGCUGGCUUGGCGCCUUCGUCGGCCGAUUGCGUACAAAAUGGCCGCUGGCUAUAAAGAGUGCUGGGACACCCGAUCACCGACUCACUGAUGAUAUGUACACUCGUUGUUUGCAUCAGCCUUCUUCCGAUUCCCAAGCGCCACAAUGGAUUUGAGUCAAGCCGAUAGCUCUGAUGUGCCCGAGGACCCGGCGGAUAUCGAGACCUUCCCCGACGUAUGGUUCUAUCCGGAACAGCUACGAGAUGGCCUUGAAGUACCCGAUCUCUCCGAGGAAACUAUCCAGGAGGCGCUUGCCUGCGCCUACGAAUAUGCCAGAAGUGUCAUACCCGAGUGGAAGGACAAUGCGAAAUACAUGGCAUUCACAAAAACCAUUGUGAUCGCCGUCGUCGCAGAGUUCCGUGGCGACUUGGUGCCGCAAGACGGCAGCAGUAUCGUCCUCGGCUACGAUCUAGAAGGGCUUCUAGACAGUUUGUUUGGUAGCGACACCGAGCUGCGCGCCGCCAUGUCUCGCGAGUUUCGAGCUUUCCUGCUCCUCUCCGUCGAGAAAUCUAGCAAAAGACUCGACUCGGAAUUGUUCCGUCGCUAUCUAUGCGCGCUAACCGAGUCGCCCCAGACCUGGUUCCGGCUCCGCGACUGCGACGCCCUGGUUCGGUACACAAUCGCCAGUGCACUAUCGUGCAACGAGUGUGUCGACGUCAUUUUCAGUGAGGAGCAGUGGCGGCUUAUCGGAGAGCUGUGUUGUACGCUGUACGACGCCGUCGCUUUCCACAAGCAUCGAGCGGAGGGCGAGACCAACAGCACCUUCGGGUAUUUCGACGCCCACACGCGCGUCAAGAGCUUCCAGCUAUACCGUAUGGUUCUUUGGGCUAUCGACGUCCCAUGGGCCACCAAUCCCGCCAAGCGCUGCGUCGUCAAUUUCUUGCGUUUCUUCGGAGGCCCUCUCCAUAUGAUGACGCGGAGGUACCGCUUCGUCGAGGAUGGACUGCGGAUCGGCAAGCCAGAGACGGAGCAAGUGGUAGAGCUAACCCGUGCCAACUUCAAACUCUGGAACAGGGUCGAGGAGACGGCCGCACAGCUGAAAUAUGACGGACGGUACGCAGACUUUGUUGCGCAGUCUGACAAGCUAAUGUUCGAUGGAUUCUGCGACCUUCUGCAGCGCAGUGGCAGUCGGGAGUGUGUCAACUGCACGUUCAUAGUAACAGGCACUACCAAGGAUAUUCGGCAAUUCGGAGGCAUCCAACUGUGUAGGCCGUGCAAGGAGAAGUGGGGUCUCUCUAUGGCAGAAUUCCCAGAGAGGUUCAAGACAGCUUUUCCGGAGACACAGAACGAGAUUACAAAACUGAUAAAGGGUCUCUGGCAGAUUCAAGGCGGUAUUGCUCUAAAUUUUGCCGCAACCCGAGCGAUUCGAAUUGGGAAGGGCCUGGACAUGAGUUUGAACAUUUCGUCGCACUAAGGUGCGGAUGUGCCACCCAGGCAGAACAGAGCGUUGAUAGGCCCACUCCAUAGGUCCGAGCGAGUAUCUCUAGAUACAUGAAAGGCGCAUAAUUCAUAUGACCUUCUGUUCCAGCU